AUGCAUUGCAACAUUUUGGUUACGCUGGCCCUUGCCUUGGGCACGGUAGCAAGUCCAUGCAAGCCAAGUACUUCUGCUACAAUUGACUCAUCUACUUCGCUACAAACUUCCCAGACUUCUACACUACCUGUGCCUUCCUCUACCGACACAAGCUUUUCCUCUCAGCCAACGAGUCUGUCAGUCACUGAAUCGGUACCUACCUCGGCUGAUACAGCUACUGUUUCCGUCACAUCUUCAGUCACCUUAGAUGUCGCGACCUCAUCCACUGCCUCUCCUACCUCUACGUCCCUUCCAGUUCUUGGGAACUUCAACGCAAUCGGCCAGGGCGGCGGUGCAAGUGGUACACCAGCCAGACUUCCACCUGCACAGUAUGGCACCAUAACCUUGGGCGGACAUAACCCUUCCGGCGUGGGAGCGGGUGUUUUUUCUAUCGAUGCAAGUACUGGUGCCCUUAUCGUCGACGGCUCCAAGAUAUGUGGCUUUUAUGGUGGCUCUGAAUCAGCUUCGCUCUAUGUUUGUAACGCAUCCCCCCGCACCAACGAGGCACCCGUCACCUGCGACCAGGGACAGGCUGAUGGAGGCGCUCUGAAAUGCAGUGCGCCAGCUAUGACUUGCAUUGAAGAUUUUAACGAUGAAAACGACCCAGUAUGCAAUCCUACUGGUGGUGUAUGGACCCAAUUCCUAGGAUUUCAACUCUUCGGUGACUACUUCCUCCUCAGUCUAGGGUCUAUGGCUGCUGCUACAGGAGGUAAUAUUCUUAUCGAUCUUAUGAUCCAAGAGAUUUGA